CGGACAUCUACGACAAAGUGUCGGGCGAGAUUCUGAAGCAGGGCUAUGACUGCGAGUGUCUGGGCGGCGGGCGCAUCUCCCACCAGAGCCAGGACAAGAAAAUCCACGUGUACGGCUACUCCAUGGGCUAUGGCCGUGCCCAGCACUCCAUCUCCACUGAGAAGAUCAAAGCCAAGUACCCCGACUACGAGGUCACCUGGGCCGAUGACGGCUACUGAGCCUCCACUGCCUGAGGCCUGCCACCACCAGCAGCCAAGUCAGAGCUCUGCCCCUGCCUGAGGCUGGCCCUGCCCGUUCCUUCCGAGUCCCCUGGCAACGGGCCACCCGGCAGUCCUCGGAGACGGGACAGCCUGGCCUACAGGAAUUAAAGGUGUUGUCACACCUGCCA